AUGAGUUGGACUCUGUUGUCGCUGCUGGCCUCUAUGGCCUUUGUGUCCCUGACUUCUCUGGCUGAUGGAGCUCCACUGUUAUUGAUGUCUGCCCCCAACUUGUUGCGAGUUGGAACACCAGAAAACAUUUUUGUGGAGUGUCAAGACUGCGAAAAUGCAAAUGAGAUGAAUGUCCGAAUCACUGUGAAGAACCACCCAACCAAAAGCCAAAUACUUACGUCAACAGCUGUGGUACUCAACAGUGCAAAUAACUUUCAAGCACUGGGACAAAUUAUGAUCCCGGCCAGAGUCUUCAGUAAGGAUCCCACCAUGAAACAAUAUGUAUACCUGCAAGCUCAGUUUCCUGAUUAUUUGCUUGAGAAGGUUGUCUUAGUUAACUUUCAGUCUGGAUAUAUAUUUAUCCAGACAGACAAGACCCUCUACACCCCCAACAGCAGAGUCUACUUCAGGAUGUUCGCUGUGACGCCUCAUAUGUUGCCAGUGGAGAGAGACCAGGCUGUUACUACAAUUGAGAUGAUGACCCCCGAUGGUACCAUUUUACCACUUGAUCCAGUCUCUCUCAGAUCAGGUAUCUACUCUGGUUAUUACAACCUGGGUGAAAUUGUCAGUCCUGGAUUAUGGAGAGUGGUGGCUAAGUUUCAAAGCAACCCACAGCAGAACUACUCUACAGAAUUUGAAGUUAAAGAAUACAUGCUGCCCACUUUUGAGGUGAAGUUGACUCCUGGGACCUCCUUCUUCCACGUGGACAGCCAAGAGCUGACUGUCAACAUCAGAGCUACGUAUAUGUUUGGUGAGGACGUGGAUGGCACAGCCUACGUUGUGUUUGGGGUUCUACAUGAAGGUCAGAAAAGGAGCUUUCCUUACUCCCUCCAGAGAGUCCCAAUAAAUGGAGGCCAUGGGCAGGUCACACUGCAGAGACGGCACAUCCUACAAACCUUUCAAAACAUCCAAACACUGGUGGGAAUGUCCAUAUUUGUGUCUGUUAGUGUGCUGACACAGAGCGGCAGUGAAAUGGUGGAGGCAGAGUUGAGAGGUAUCCAAAUUGUCACAUCACCCUACACCAUCAACCUCAAGAAAACACCCAAAUACUUCAAACCAGGAAUGGGAUUUGAUGUUACGGUUGAAGUUCUCAAUCCUGAUCGAAGUCCAGCACAAGGUGUUCCAGUGGUGGUGGAACCAGGGACGGUGCAGGGCUUCACUGUAGCCAGUGGCAUAGCCAAGUUGACCAUCAACACAAGGGCUGGGGUUGAAACUCUACAAAUAACUGCAAAGACCAAUGAUCCUGGAAUUUCAACUGAAAGACAAGCAUCAGCCACUAUGAGAGCUGUCUCAUACAGAAGCAAUAGUAACAAAUACAUCCAUAUAGGUGUGGAUACAGCCGAGCUGGACAUGGGAGACAACCUUAAAAUGAACCUAAUCCUUAACCAGCCAAAUCAACAAAAUGACAUUACAUACCUGAUCCUGAGCAGAGGUCAGCUGGUAAAACAUGGACGAUACCGAACACAAGGCCAAGUACUGAUAUCUCUGAUUGAGUCCAUUACCAAAGAAAUGUUGCCCUCGUUCCGCAUCAUAGCCUACUACCAUACCAGCGACAAUGAAAUUGUAUCAGACUCCGUUUGGGUGGACGUCAAAGACUCAUGCAUGGGCUCGUUGAGGCUUGAACCAGCAAGACCUGCUCUGGCAUAUGAGCCUCGUAGAAUGUUCAGCCUGAAGGUCACUGGAGACCCAGGGGCCACAGUGGGACUGGUGGCAGUAGACAAAGGGGUUUACGUCCUGAACAACAAGCACCGUCUCACCCAGAAAAAGGUGUGGGACACUGUGGAGCAGUACGACACAGGCUGCACACCAGGUGGAGGGAGGGACGGCUUGAAUGUUUUCUAUGAUGCAGGGCUGCUGUUUGAGUCCAACACUGCCUCUGGGACCCCCUAUAGACAAGAGUUGAAAUGUCCAACCCUGAUGAGGAGGAAACGAGACAGCACUGUACAUGAUGACUCACCUAGUUUAGAUGUGGAUGUUGAUGAUAGUUACAUGGACAGCGAUGAAAUAGUUUCCCGUACCAGGUUUCCUGAGAGCUGGUUGUGGGCUGAUGUCACCCUGCCUCAUUGUCCACCUAACAACCGUAACUGUGACUCCACAUCUCAUGUAAAAAAUGUUCCAUUGCAAGAUUCCAUCACAGCCUGGCACUUUAUUGGCAUUAGUCUAUCGAGUACUCAUGGUAUCUGUGUUGGCGAACCAUUAGAGGUCAUCGUCCGAAAGGAAUUCUUCAUUGAUCUAAGACUUCCUUACUCAGCUGUUCGUGGAGAACAGGUGGAAGUCAAAGCAGUCCUCCACAACUAUAGUCCUGAUGCUGCCACUGUUCGACUGGAUAUUCUAGAACAGGAGAAUGUGUGCAGUGUAGCCUCUAAACGUGGGAAAUAUCGUCAAGAGGUGACAGUUGGAAGCUACACUACACGUACUGUGCCCUUUGUCAUUAUACCCAUGAGGGAAGGCGAAUUCACUAUUGAAGUCAAAGCAGCUGUUAAAGACGCAGUGUUCAGUGAUGGAGUCAUGAAGACACUGCGAGUGGUGCCUGAAGGAAUACUGAUCAGAAUUCCUCAGACUGUAAUUCUUGACCCUAAGGGUGGUAGACAAGAAGUGACUAUCAACAGUGGAAUUCCUCAGACAGAUUUGGUUCGAAACUCACCAUCGAGCACACAGAUCUAUGUUACAGGACAAGAGCAAGUAGGUGCACUAGUGGAGAAUGCCAUCAGUGGGAAUUCGAUGGGUAGUCUGAUAUAUCAACCCUCAGGCGAGGGAGAGGCCAAUAUGAUCCACAUGACGCUGCCUGUUAUUGCAACUAUUUAUUUGGACAAAACAAACCAAUGGGAAACUGUGGGUUUCCAGAAACGUAACGAAGCUCUUCAACACAUCAUGACUGGCUACACGAAUCAGCUUAAGUACCGUAAGCAGGAUGGAUCUUUUGCAGUUUUCGCCAAUCGCCAAAGCAGCACCUGGCUGACAGCUUAUGUUGUAAAGGUGUUUGCCAUGGUCAAGGAUCUAGUGACAAUGCAAGCCAAUGUGCUCUGUGAUGCUGUAAGGUUUUUAAUUCUCAACACACAGCAACUUAAUGGCAUGUUCAGAGAAGUUGGCACAGUGGCUCAUGGAGAGAUGAUUGGUGAUGUCCGAGGUGUAGAUUCAGAUGCCUCCAUGACGGCUUUCUGCCUCAUUGCUAUGCAGGAGUCUCGCCGAUUUUGUGCUGCCAGUGUCAAUAGUCUGUCUGGCAGCAUAGACAAAGCAGUAGAUUACCUGGAGAAACGUUUACCCACUCUCACCAACCCGUAUGCUGUUGCCAUGACAUCAUACGCUCUGGCCAAUGAAAACAAACUGAACAAAGAGAUCCUCUACAAUUUUGUCUCCCCAGAGUUAAAUCACUGGCCACUUUCCAAGGGAAAUAUUUACACACUGGAGGCCACAGCUUAUGCUCUCCUGGCAUUGGUCAAAGCUGAGGCCUUUGAGGAUGCCAGACCAGUUGUCAGGUGGCUCAAGAGACAACCGAGGGUCGGCGGAGGCUACAGAUCAACACAGGCCACCAUAAUGGUUUAUCAGGCUGUAGCUGAGUACUGGUCCACUGCUCAGGAACCAGAGUAUGACCUCGACGUGGACAUCUUUUUGCCAGGCAGGCCACGUCCUAACAGGUUUCACUUUAACAGAUUCAACUACUACGCUACAAGAACAACAUGGUUCAGGGGCACACAGCAGAAUGUGACCGUGAGGGCUGCAGGCACGGGAGAAGCAACACUAAAGAUAGUGUCACACUAUUAUGCUCGACCCAGAGAACAGGAGAGUGACUGUCAGAAGUUUAACCUGUCUGUAGAGCUUAUUCCAGAGUCCAUGAGUGAGGAUGAAAAGGUCUACAAGCUGAAAAUAAGUCUCAUGUAUAUGGACCGGGAUAAUGAUGCAGCCAUGACCAUCUUGGACAUUGGCCUGCUGACCGGCUUCACCGCUGAUACAAAUGACUUGAACUUGUUGUCUAAAGGCCCUGCUCGCACCAUAGCAAAAUAUGAGAUGAACGAAGCCCUAUCAGAGCGAGGCUCACUCAUUAUCUACCUGGACAAGGUUUCUCAUACGCAGCCAGAAGAGGUCGCUUUUAGGGUCAGGCAGACAUUUAAAGUGGGCGUCUUACAACCAGCUGUUGUGUCUGUUUAUGAAUACUAUGACCAGACACCUUGUCUGAAGUUCUACCACCCAGAGAGGGUGGGCGGAAAGCUGUUGAGACUCUGUAGAAAUGAAGACUGCACAUGUGCUGAAGAGAACUGCAGUAUGCAAAAGAAGGAAAAAAUCGGCAAUGAUCAACGCAAAAACAAGAUUUGUGAGGGUACAACACAUUUCGCGUACAAAGUGAGACUGGAAAACAUGGAAAGUGAUUUGUCCACUGAUAUUUACAACAUGAGGAUAGAAACAGUUAUCAAGGAAGGAAGUUAUGAUGUAGGUCCCCAAGGUAGACUGCGUCCUUUCCUUGGUUAUCAACACUGUAGGGAGGCUCUAGAUCUAAGGCCAAACAAAACCUACCUUGUCAUGGGCACCGCCAGCAACAUUCACAGAAAUGAACAGCAUCAAACAGUUCAAUACGUACUCGAGGAGCAAACCUGGAUUGAGUACGUGCCCACAGAUGCUGAGUGUCGGACCAAGGAGUACAGAUCAACCUGUCUUGGGUUGGAGGACAUGGCUCAGAAGUUUAUAUAUUUUGGCUGUGAGCAGUGAAAAAAAAGAAAAUGAAGUACCCAUUUAAUUAGUUGCUUACUAAUAUAAAAGCUGUAAAAGCUGGUGAUUAAAUUUAUUAGCAGAGUUGGGAGUAAUAGGUUUAUGUAAGU